CUCAGCUCUAUAACACGCCCUUUUUCAUCAACUAGCGGGAUAAGAAAGAGAGAGGCGAGCAGCAUCACCAUCCCAGUCCCAAAAGCACCUCCAUCAGUCCAGCUUCCAUUGGCGCUGGACAGACCAACUGGGACCCUGCAUCAGAAUGUACAAAGCAAUUAUUUCGAAACUUCUGCUGUUAACUCUGUUUGUUCUCCAGUGCCAUUCCCAAGGGUGCAGGACUGGAGAGUUCCACUGUGGAAAUGGCCGCUGUAUUCCUGGUGAUUGGAGAUGUGAUGGAACGGCUGACUGUUCAGAUAAUUCAGACGAAAGUGGCUGUCCUCGGCUAACCUGCGAUACCAGCCAGUUUCAGUGUGUGAGCGAUGGGGAAUGCAUCCCUCAAAACUGGGUCUGUGACGAUGAGGAGGAUUGUGAAGAUGGGUCAGAUGAGACACAGCACUGUCCUGGUAGGACGUGUUCUAGCCAGCACUUUACUUGUCCUGAAGGAGCUUGCAUCCCAGGGGAGUACAGGUGUGAUCGAGUCGCUGACUGCUCGGAUGGAGCGGAUGAGAGAGGCUGCCACUACCCUGUGUGUGCAGAAUUGACAUGUGCAAAUGGAGCCUGUUACAACCGGACCCAGCAUUGUGAUGCUUUCGCAGACUGCAGAGAUAGAUCAGAUGAAACCAAUUGCACUCAGAGAUGUAACAGUAAUGAGUUCCAGUGUGCCCAUGGGGAAUGUAUCCCACAGGCCUAUACCUGCGACCAUGAUGAUGACUGUGGAGAUGAGAGUGACGAGCAGAACUGUGUCUAUCCAACAUGCAGAGGGAAUUUCUUCACUUGUCCAAGUGGGCGCUGCAUUCACCAGAGCUGGCUUUGUGAUGGAGAUGAUGACUGUGAAGACAAUGCGGAUGAGAGAGGAUGUGAAUCAUCAGAUCGGGAGUGCUAUCCAGGAGAAUGGGCUUGUCCUUCCUCUGGGCUAUGUAUCCCUGUUGAAAAAUUAUGUGAUGGAACUGCAGACUGUCCUUCAGGUGACGAUGAAACCAACACUACAGCAGGCAGAAACUGCAGUAUUGUAAACUGUGCAUCUCUAAGCUGCCAGCAUCGUUGUCACCCAUCCCCGUCUGGUGGAACGUGCUAUUGUCCGUUGGGCUAUGUAGUUAACAGCAACGAUAGCCGCUCUUGUGCAGAUUUUGAUGACUGUAAGAUGUGGGGAGUUUGUGACCACUUGUGUGAAGACAGAAUUGGCAGUCACAGAUGCAGUUGUCAGGAUGGAUAUGUCCUGGAACAACACAGACAUUGCAGAGCUAACACUUCAUCGGGGGCACCGUCACUGAUAUUCUCCAAUGGGCGGGAUCUGCUGAUCGGUGAUAUCCACGGGCACAGUCUUCGGACGCUGAUGCAGUCCCAGAACCGCGGGAUUGCUGUUGGGGUAGAUUAUCAUUAUUACCUGCACAGGGUCUUUUGGACAGACACCAUUCAAAAUAAGGUGUUCUCUGUGGAUAUUGAUGGCUCCAAUGUUCAGGUGGUUUUAAAUGUAUCAGUUGACUAUCCUGAAAACCUGGCUGUGGACUGGGUAAACAAUAAACUGUAUGUUGUGGAAGGAAGUGUGAACAGAAUAGACAUGGUGGAUUUAGAUGGAAAGAACCGUGUGACACUGAUUGCUGAAAACCUUGGGAACCCAAGAGGAAUUGCAGUCGAUCCCACAGUGGGCUACUUGUUUUUCUCAGACUGGGACAGUCUUACUGGGGAGCCGGGGCUCGAGAGAGCCUACAUGGAUGGAACAAACCGUUAUGAAAUAGUCAAGUCUAAGCUGGGCUGGCCUGCCGGAAUAACACUGGACAUCGUUUCCAAGAGAGUGUACUGGGUUGACAGUCGUUAUGACUAUGUCGAGACGAUAACUUAUGACGGCCUACAUAGGAAAACUGUUGUGCACGGAGGUUCCCUUAUUCCACACCCCUUUGCUGUAAGCCUGUUUGAGCACUAUGUCUAUUUUACUGAUUGGACCAAAAUGGCAGUGAUGAGGGCAGACAAGUUCACUGACAACAAUCCCCAGGUUAUCUUCCCGUCUUCACUGAGACCAUAUGGAGUAACAGUUUAUCAUUCCCUCAGGCAACCUUAUGUGAGAAGUCCGUGUGGAAAUAACAAUGGCGGAUGUCAGCAGAUCUGUGUACUGAGCCACAGAACAGACAACGACGGCCUUGGAUAUCGCUGUAAGUGCAGAAUGGGGUUCGACUUGAAUCCGGAUGGGAGACGCUGCGUGGAUGUGAGGCAGUUUCUGCUCUUUUCCUCUCAGCUGGCAGUGCGUGGAAUCCCCUUCAACCUGUCCUCCCAGGAGGAUAUCAUACUGCCAGUGACUGGGAGCCCUUCAUACUUCGUUGGAGUGGAUUUCAGUGCAGAAGAUCAAACCAUAUUUUUUUCAGACACAGUAAAAGACAUAAUUUACAGACAGAAAGUAGAUGGAACUGGUCGAGAAAUUCUUGCAGCUAAUAGGGUUGAUGGGGUUGAAGAUUUGGCUUUUGACUGGAUUUCAAAGAACCUGUACUGGACUGACCCUCGAUACAGAAGCAUAACAGUAAUGAAACUAGCAGAUAAAUCAAGAAGAGCCAUUGUGCAGAACUUGAACAAUCCCAGAUCAAUAGUGGUGCAUCCUGUUAUGGGGUAUAUAUUCUGGACAGAUUGGUACCGUCCGGCGAAAAUCAUGAGAGCUUGGUGUGAUGGGUCACAUGCACUGUCAAUUGCGAACACCACACUUGGUUGGCCUAAUGGCCUGGCAAUUGACUGGAGUGCCCUACGCUUGUAUUGGGUGGAUGCUUUCUUUGAUAAAAUUGAGCACAGCACGUUUGAUGGCCUAAACAGAUUGACACUUGAUCGCGUCACUCAGAUGUCGCAUCCGUUUGGCCUUACCAUCUUUGGUGCUUAUGCAUAUUUUACUGAUUGGAGGCUCGGUGGGAUAGUUCGUGUGAGAAAAACAGAUGGAGGGGAAAUGACAGUUAUAAGACGAGGCAUCAGUCACAUAAUGCAUGUCAAAUCUUUUAAUGCGAAUUCUCAGACAGGAUCAAACUAUUGUAACAGACCCAUAAAUCCGAAUGGAGACUGCAGCCAUUUUUGCUUCCCGGUGCCUAAUUUCCAGAGGGUCUGCGGCUGCCCGUAUGGAAUGAAACUGGCCCCUAAUCAGCAAAUCUGUGUGGAGGAUCCAUCAAGUGAACCCCCAACCCUGCAGUGUGGCUCCAACUCCUUCUCCUGUGCCAAUGGGAAAUGUGUGCCACAGUACUUCAGAUGUGAUGGAGUUGAUGACUGUCAUGAUAACAGUGACGAGGUCCACUGCGGAACUCACAACACUACCUGCUCCCCGGCUGCCUUUACCUGUACUAGUCGGCAGUGUAUCCCCAGUAGCUGGCACUGUGACGGGCACAACGACUGUUUCGAUGCGAGUGAUGAACAGAACUGUCCCACCCAUGGUCCCACCACCUGCCCAUCCAACCAGUACACCUGUGCCAAUAGCCACUGUGUCCCAACAAACUGGCUCUGUGACACAGACAAUGACUGCGGGGACGGGUCUGAUGAAAUGAACUGCAAUCUUACCAGCACAUGCCACCCUGAACAGUUCCAGUGCCCAGACCAUCGCUGUAUUGAUUCCAGCUAUGCAUGUGAUGGGGACCAGGACUGUGUGGAUGGAGCUGAUGAGCAAGGCUGCACGUACAACUGCAGUGCCUAUGAGUUUAAGUGCGCCAGUGGACACCAAUGUAUCAACACCUAUUACCUCUGUGAUGGUGUUUUUGACUGCAAUGAUCACUCUGAUGAGGCUGGCUGUCCCACUAGACCACCUGGAAUGUGCCACCAUAACAGCGAGUUCCAGUGCCAGUCAGAUGGCAGCUGCAUCCCUUCCAGCUGGGAAUGUGACGGACAUCCGGACUGUGAAGAUGGAUCAGAUGAACAUCAGAGCUGUCCGGUCAGGACCUGCCCUUCCUCCACGUUCCACUGUGACAAUGGGAACUGUGUCUACCAGGGCUGGGUGUGUGAUGGUGACAAUGACUGCAGGGACAAUAGUGAUGAGAAAGACUGCCCUACUGCACCAUUUCGCUGCCCGAGCUGGCAAUGGCAGUGCCCAGGACAUAGCAUCUGUAUCAACCUGAGCAAAGUGUGUGACAACACCCCAGACUGUCCCAAUGGAGCUGAUGAGUCACCUCUCUGUAAUGAUCCAUUACCAGAUCAGGAGAGCUGUACAGACAACAAUGCAGGAUGCACCCAUGGAUGUAUCCAGGGACCAUUUGGUGCGCAGUGCACAUGCCCUAUGGGAUACCAGCUAACCAAUGACUCCAAGACCUGUGCAGACAUUGAUGAGUGUGACCCACCAAGUCUGUGCAGCCAGCAUUGCUUUAAUGAGAGAGGAUCUUUCAGGUGCCACUGCGAGGAUGGCUAUACCCUAGAAGCCGAUAUGAGGACAUGUAAAGUCUCAGGUUCAAGGGAGGCCCUGCUGCUGGUUGCAAGCCGCAGUCAGAUAGUUUCAGACAACAUUACGGCCCAGCCAAAUGUUAUCCAUUCACUGGUACGAGAUGGAAGGAACAUCGUAGCAAUUGAUUUCGAUUCAGUAACCGACCGUGUUUACUGGUCAGAUACUACUCAAGAUAAAAUAUGGAGUGCUUACAAAAAUGGAACUGACCGGACAAUCAUAUUUGACAGUGGUGUAACAGUGACAGAAAGCAUAGCUGUGGACUGGGUAGCACGCAACCUGUACUGGACAGACUAUGUUCUGGAAACAGUCGAGGUCUCCAGAUUAGAUGGCAGUCACAGGACUGUGCUCGUCAGUGAGAAUGUAACAAAUCCCAGAGGGCUGGUACUGGAUCCAAGAAAUGAUGCUCAUGUCAUGUUCUGGACUGACUGGGGCAGGAACCCUCGAAUUGAAAAGGCCAGCAUGGAUGGUAAAAUGAGGACUGCUAUUAUAAGCAGUAAACUGUACUGGCCCAAUGGUUUGACUAUUGAUUAUCCCAAUAAGCUGCUCUACUUCGCAGAUGCCUAUCUGGAUUUCAUUGAUUACUGUGAUUAUAAUGGAAAAAACAGGAAGCAGGUUUUAGCCGGUGACCUGGUGCUUCAGCAUCCACAUGCUUUAACGAUUUUUGAGGAUUAUGUGUACUGGACAGACCGAUAUAUUAAUCGUGUUAUUCGUGCCAACAAAUGGCAUGGAGAAAACCAGACUGUGAUGAUGUAUAAUGUGCCACAGCCAAUGGGGGUAGUUGCAGUACAUCCUGCCAGACAACCUGCAGGUUCAAAUUUUUGCUCCAUGAGUCCUUGUACUCAUAUAUGUUUGCUGUCUGCACUGGCGCCACGGUUUUACUCAUGCGCUUGUCCAUCUGGCUGGACCCUGGCUGCAGAUCUUGUGACCUGUGUGCGAGUUGAAGAUCCUUUCCUCAUUGUUGUGAGAGACAGUCUUGUUUUUGGCAUCCCUUUGAAUCCUGAAGACAAAAGCAACGAUGCCAUGGUCCCUAUUGCUGGGUUACACAAUGGAUAUGAUGUUGACUUUGAUGAUGCUGAGCAGAUGAUCUACUGGGUGGAACAUCCUGGUGAAAUUCACCGAGUAAAAUCAGAUGGGACUAACAGGACAGAGUUUGCUCCAGCCGCUAUUCUUGGUUCCCCUGUAGGAUUGGCACUGGACUGGAUGACCCAGAAUCUGUACUAUACUAACCCUUCUACUCAGUCCAUUGAGGUUAUGAAUCUCCGUGGGGAAAUGAAAUACAGGAAAACUGUGAUUACUAACAAUGGCACCCCCACCGGCGCUGGAACCCCAACUGGCAUCGCUGUGGAUCCGGCACGCGGGAGGAUGUACUGGACAGACCAGGGUACUGAGAGUGGAGUGCCUGCAAAGGUUGCUGCAGCUGACAUGGACGGUUCUAAUGCUGUCAACCUCUUCACUAAUAACCUGGAUCACAUAGAGUUUAUUACCAUCGACAUCAGGGAGAAUAAGCUGUACUGGGCUGUUACUGCAAGCGGAGUAAUUGAGAGAGGAGAUCCAGAUGGAAGCAAUCGUAUUACCGUGGUAACUGGCCUUUCACACCCUUGGGGGAUCGCUGUGUACGAUCAGUACCUGUACUUCACUGACCGGGAUUAUGAAGUCAUUGAGCGCGUAGACAAGGCCACUGGGGCUAACAAAAAAGUGUUGAGAGACAACGUUUCAGGACUCAGAGUGCUAAAAGUUCACCAUAGGGACACCUCUGCUGGCUCUUCAAAUGGCUGCACUAACAAUGUGGGAGUGUGUCAGCAGCUCUGUCUUCCCAGACCAGCAGGGCAGUAUUCAUGUGCCUGUGCUACUGGUUUCAAACUGAACCCCGACAGCAGGACAUGCUCACCAUAUCAGUCCUACGUUAUCAUCUCCAUGCUAUUGGCGCUCAAAGGAUUCAGCCUCGAAGGGAGUGACCACUCCGAGGCCAUGGUACCUGUGGCUGGAAGAGGUCGCAAUGUACUGCAUGUAGAUGUUCACAUGCCAUCUGGAUUCAUUUACUGGUGUGACUUCAGCAACAAUGUGCCGGAACAAAAUGGCAUUCGGAGAAUCAAACCAGACGGCUCCUACUUCAGGAACAUUGUAACAUCAGGAAUUGGGCAGAACGGAAUCCGAGGAAUCGCCAUUGAUUGGGUAGCAGGGAACCUCUAUUUCACAAAUGCUUUCAUCACUGAGACCUACAUUGAAGUUGUGCGCUUGAACGCCACUUAUCGCCGGGUCCUGCUGAAGACCACAGUGGAUAUGCCGAGGCACAUAGUGGUGGAUCCAAAGAACAGAUACCUCUUCUGGGCAGACUAUGGUCAAAACCCCAAGAUUGAACGUGCUUGUCUAGACGGCACCAAUAGGACGGUACUUGUGUCUUCUGGUAUCCUCACACCUAGAGGUUUGGCUGUGGACUACCAAAAUGGAUAUAUUUAUUGGGUCGAUGACUCCUUGGACAUGAUUGCGAGGAUUCGACCUGAAGGUGGAGAAACAGAGAUUGUCAGGUUUGGCAGCCGUUACCCAACUCCAUAUGGAAUAACUAUCUUUGAAAACACUAUGCUUUGGGUGGACAGGAACCUAAAAAAGGUCUUCCAAGCCAGGAAAGAACCUGGAAACACUGAGCAGCCCACAGUUGUUCGCGACAAUAUAAACUUGCUAAGAGACAUCACUAUUUUUGACAGCCGCACUCAGCCACUGUCAGCACAGCAAGUGAAUAAUAACCCCUGCUUGGUGAGCAAUGGUGGGUGUUCUCACUUUUGUUACGCCCUCCCUGGCUCUCAGACACGGAAAUGUGGGUGUGCGUUUGGAAACUUGGCAAGAGACGACACUAGCUGUGUAGUUUCCCGAGAUGAUUAUUUGAUCUAUACAACCGAGGACUCCAUCCGCAGUCUCCGGCUGGACCCAGAAGACCACAACCUGCCAUUCCCUGUAGUCAAUGUACUGCGCACGGCCGUGGCCCUGGAUUACGACAGGGAUGACAACAGGCUGUACUACACUCAGAGCUCAGGAGAAGGGCGCAGUAGAAUCAACUACAUAAGCCUGUCCUCUCCAACCACUGCUCCUACAGUUGUAGCAUCAGAUUUGGGUGCUCCUGAUGGUAUUGCUUAUGACUGGAUCAGUAAAAGGAUUUAUUACAGUGAUUAUGUCAACCAGACUAUCAAUUCCAUGGCCAUCGAUGGUUCUCAGCGGACAACCAUUGCCCGAGUGCCAAGGCCUAGAGCCAUCAUGCUUGAUCCGUGCAGAGGAUACAUGUACUGGACUGACUGGGGUACCAAUGCCAAGAUAGAGCGGGCCACACUGGGUGGGAAUUUCCGGACUGAAUUAGUGAACACCAGUCUUGUGUGGCCCAAUGGACUGACUCUCGACUAUGAAGAGGAGAGACUCUACUGGGCUGAUGCUAACCUACAGAAGAUUGAACGCUGUUCUCUGACCGGCUCAAACCGAGAAGUGAUUGUCAGUACAGCUAUUUACCCCUUUGCCAUGACAGUCUAUGACCAGCACAUCUACUGGACUGACUGGAACACCAAGAGCAUUUACAGGGCCAACAAGCACGAUGGAUCAGACCAGAUCGUUAUGAUCCAAAACCUGCCUCACCGGCCGAUGGACAUUCACGUCUUAUCCAGCAACAAGCAGCAACAGUGCAGCAACCCUUGUGAUCAGUUUAAUGGAGGCUGCAGCCACAUCUGUACACCAGGUCCGAAUGGUGCGGAGUGUCAGUGCCCAUCUGAGGGCCGUUGGUACUUGGCUGAUAACAAGUACUGCAUUCAGGACAAUGGGACAAGAUGCCCACCGGAUCAGUUCACCUGUAUGAAUGGACGUUGUGUUCGUGCUCAGUGGAAAUGUGACAAUGAUAAUGACUGUGGAGACGGAAGUGACGAACUGGAAAUAGUUUGUGUCCUUCAUAUGGCAGCAUUUAUUGCUUUGACAGCAUUCCACACGUGUGACCCAACGUUAUUCACCUGUGGAAACGGACGCUGUGUUCCUUAUCAUUACCGCUGCGACCAUUAUAACGAUUGCGGGGAUAACAGUGAUGAGGCUGGCUGCUUGUUCCGUUCUUGUGACCAGAACACAGAGUUCACCUGCAGCAACGGAAGGUGUAUUUCCCUAGAAUAUGUUUGCAACGGGAUCAACAACUGCUACGACAAUGGCACUACCGAUGAGAGAAACUGCCCUGAACGUACAUGCCAGCCUGGAUUUACAAAGUGUCAGACUACGAAUAUUUGCAUUCCUCGCUCGUACCUGUGUGAUGGAGACAACGACUGUGGAGAUAUGAGUGACGAGGGCCUGACUCACUGCACUACUGUGACUUGUACAGACAAUGAAUUCCGCUGUUCUAGUGGGCGCUGUAUCCCGGCUCACUGGUAUUGCGAUGAAGGAAUUGACUGUGCUGAUGGUUCGGAUGAACCUACCACUUGUGCCACCCAAGUGAGGACGUGUUCCAGUGAGCAGUUCCGCUGCGAUGACUCCAGGUGUAUUCCCUAUUCGUGGAUCUGUGAUGGGGACAAUGAUUGCGGAGACAUGAGUGAUGAGGACAGAAGACACAACUGUGCAAACCGCAACUGCACAGCUUCUGAGUUCACCUGCGUUAACAACCAGCCUCCUCAGAGAAGGUGCAUUCCUCGAGCCUGGGUCUGUGAUGGAGAUGCUGACUGCUCUGACGCAUAUGAUGAACAUCAAAACUGCACCAGGAAAUCCUGCUCGGAGAAUGAAUACACAUGCAGCAAUGGCCUAUGUGUUAGCGGUUCCUACAGGUGUGACCGACGGAAUGACUGUGGUGACGGCAGCGAUGAACAGGGGUGCACCUACUUAGAAUGUCAACAGCAGCAGUUCACUUGCCAAAAUGGGCGCUGCAUUUCUAAGGAUUUUGUCUGUGAUGGUGACAAUGACUGUGGAGAUGAAUCUGAUGAACUAGAUCAUCUCUGUCAUGUCCCACAACCAUCCUGUGCCCCAGAUCAGUUUAAGUGUGACAAUGGAAAUUGCAUUGAAAAUGUCAAAGUCUGUGACAGGUCAGAUGAUUGCUCAGACAACAGUGAUGAGAAAGGAUGCGGCAUCAACGAAUGCACUGAUCCCACAAUGCACCGAUGUGAUCAGGAUUGCACAAACACAAUAACAAGCUUCUUCUGCUCAUGCCGCCCUGGAUAUCGGCUCAUGUCUGACAAUCGGACUUGCGAUGACAUCAAUGAGUGCAACGAAACACCAAGCGUGUGCAGUCAGCUCUGUGAGAACACGGUGGGCUCCUACAUUUGUAAGUGUGCUCCUGGGUAUAUUCGGGAACCUGACGGAAAAACCUGCCGGCAGAACAGCAACAUAGCGCCCUACCUUAUUUUCAGUAACCGCUACUAUCUCCGCAAUCUGUCCGCCGACGGGCAGUCCUACUCCCUCAUCCUCCAAGGCUUGACAAGCGUAGUGGCUAUGGACUUUGACAGGGCAGAUAGAAGGCUCUACUGGAUCGAUGUGGGAAGAAGAGUUGUUGAGCGAAUGUUUCUUAACGGGACAGGCAGAGAGACUGUUCUCACUGGAGUGCUACAUGGUGAAGGGCUUGCAGUGGAUUGGGUUGGCAGAAAACUAUACUGGGUUGACGCAUUCCUUGACUGUCUAAACGUGGCUGAGCUAGAUGGACGUUUUGUUAAAAAGCUGGCUGAACACUGUGUGGACUCCAACAAUAGCUACUGCUUUGAAAACCCAAGGGCUGUAGCCAUUCAUCCGAAAUAUGGGUAUGUUUAUUGGUCUGACUGGGGAUACAAGGCUUUUAUUGGUCGAGUGGGAAUGGAUGGAACCAACAAGACAGCUGUAAUCACCUCUAAGAUUGAAUGGCCUAAUGGUCUCACGAUUGACUACACCAAUGAUAAGCUGUACUGGGCAGAUGCACAUCUAAAUUACAUUGAGUAUUCAGAUUUAAAUGGACACCACCGCCAUACAGUCUAUGACGGAACAUUGCCUCAUCCAUUUUCUAUCACUGUGUUUGAAGACACCCUUUACUGGACCGACUGGAAUACCAGAACUGUAGAGAAAGGAAACAAGUAUGACGGGUCAGGCAGGACAGCUUUGGUGAACACUACACACCGGCCAUUUGAUAUUCAUGUUUACCACCCCUACAGACAACCGAUAUUGACUAACCCAUGCAGUGUAAACAAUGGAGGAUGCUCUCACUUAUGUCUGAUAAAAAAUGGCGGGCAGGGUUAUAGCUGUGAGUGCCCAAAUAACUUUGUGACAGUCCAGCUGGGUGGAAUUGCUCGCUGUCUUCCUAUGUGCUCCAGCACCCAGUACAGAUGUGCAGACAAUGAAAGGUGUGUCCCUAUCUGGUGGAAAUGUGAUGGACAGCGUGACUGUAGGGAUGGAUCUGAUGAACCUUCCACAUGCCCUCCCAGAUACUGCCCUGUUGGCCAGUUCCAGUGUAACGAUGGAAACUGCACCAGCCCCCACUUCCUGUGUAACACUAUGCAGGAUUGCAGAGAUGGCUCGGAUGAGGAGCCUGUUCUGUGCGCCAAUCACCAGUGUGAAAUUCACCAGUGGCAAUGCAGCAACAGGAAGUGUAUCCCCGAGGCGUGGCAGUGUGACGGGGACAAUGACUGUGGCGAUAACUCGGAUGAGGACGCCACUCACUGCUCCACCAGGACCUGCCCCCCAGGCCAGUUCAAAUGUAACAACGGCCGCUGUGUUCCACAGACCUGGAAGUGCGAUGUGGAUGAUGACUGCGGAGACAGCUCUGAUGAGCCUCAUGAUGAGUGCAUGGGUCCUGCCUAUCGCUGUGAUAAUCACACUGAGUUUGACUGCAAAACAAACUAUCGCUGCGUUCCUCUUUGGUCAGUCUGCAAUGGGUAUAACGACUGCAGAGACAACAGCGAUGAGCAAGGCUGUGAGGAGCUAACCUGUGAUCCGUUGGGAGAUUUCCGCUGUGACAAUCACCAGUGUGUCCCCCUGCGCUGGAAGUGUGAUGGAGACAAUGACUGUGGAGACGGGUCUGAUGAGCGAGGCUGUAGUCCUCGUGCCUGUACAGAGAGCGAAUAUCGCUGUGACAAUCUGCACUGUAUUCCUAACCGCUGGGUGUGUGACCACGACAAUGACUGUGAAGACAAUUCAGACGAAAGAGACUGUGACCUGCGGACAUGUCAUCCUGGUUACUUUCAAUGCAACAGUGGCCAUUGCAUUGCAGAGAGGUUCAAAUGUGAUGGGAAUGCAGACUGCCUUGAUUACUCAGAUGAGUUAACAUGCCCUACACGUUAUCCCGGUGGCACCUAUUGCCCACCACUCAUGUUUGAAUGUAGGAACCACGUGUGCAUCCAGCCCUACUGGAAAUGUGACGGAGAUGACGACUGCGGGGAUAAUUCAGACGAGGAGCUGCAUCUCUGCUUGGAAGUUCCCUGUGACCCGCCUUUCCGUUUCCGCUGUGACAACAAUCGCUGUAUCUACAGCCACGAGCUGUGCAACACGGUGGAUGACUGUGGGGACGGCAGUGAUGAGAAACAAGAGCACUGUAUAGCACCAACCCAUGGACCUUGCACACCAGAAGAGUACAAAUGCAGUAACAGCCAUUGCAUUCCACUGCAGUAUGUCUGUGACAACUAUGAUGACUGUGGAGACCACUCUGAUGAACUAGGCUGCAACCGUGGAGCAGAUCGCACAUGUAAUGAGAACAUCUGUGAGCACAACUGCACCGACCUCACCGAGGGAGGCUUCAUCUGCUCCUGCAGGCCGGGAUACGGACCCAGUGAAACAGACAGAAACUCCUGCUCAGAUAUUGAUGAGUGUGCUAUCUAUGGAACAUGCCCCCAGGACUGUCAAAACUCCAAAGGCAGUUAUGAGUGUUUCUGUGCAGAGGGAUUCAGAUCUGUUGGUGAACAGCAUGGAAUUGAAUGUGCAGCCCCUGGAAACCCUCCAGUACUGCUGUUGCCCGACAACGUGCGGAUCCGCAGGUUCAACCUCUCCUUGGAGCAGUACUCGGACUACAUUGACGAGGCAGAACACAUCCAGGCCCUGGACUAUGACUGGGAUCCAGAAGGAAUAGGCCUCAGUGUUGUGUACUGGACUGUACUAGGACGUGGCUCGCAGUUCGGGGCUAUCAAACGGGCCUAUAUGACCACUUUUGAUGAUGGUGGUAACAACCCAGUGAAGGAAGUGGAUUUGAAUCUGCGGUAUAUUGCAAACCCUGAUGGGAUUGCAGUCGACUGGAUUGGGAGACACAUUUACUGGACAGACUCGGGGACAAAUAGAAUUGAGGUAGCCAAGCUGGAUGGCCGGUACAGAAAGUGGCUGAUCCACACAGAGCUAGACCAGCCAGCUGCCAUUGUUGUCAAUCCAAAACUUGGAACCAUUUUCUGGACUGACUGGGGCAGAGAGCCCAAGAUUGAGUCUGCCUGGAUGGACGGGAAUAACAGACAGGUCCUGGUUAAGGAUGACCUUGGGUGGCCUACAGGCCUCACUAUUGACUAUCUAAAUGGAGACAGAAUCUACUGGAGUGACUCCAAAGAGAAUAUUAUAGAAUCUAUGAAAACCGAUGGAACUGACAGGAAAAUCAUUAUUUUUGGAGAUAUUGGAAAUCCGUACAGUCUGGAUGUGUUUGAAGGACAUGUAUAUUGGACAACAAAGGAAAAGGGUGAAGUGUGGAAAACAAAUAAAUUUGGAAAUGGAGAAAAGGUGAAGGUGCUAACAAUAAAUCCUUGGCUGACUCAAGUUCGCAUCUACCAGGAACAUAGAUACAACAACUCAGUGCCUAACCCCUGCAAGGCUGUCUGCAGUCAUCUCUGUUUGCUGAGACCAGGUGGCUAUACAUGUGCCUGCCCUCAGGGUGCACAGUUAUUGGGUGGAAGCACCACUGAAUGUGAUGCAGCUACUGAAGCUCCAUUGUCCAUGCCGCCAGCAUGCAGAUGCAUGCACGGUGGAACAUGCUACACAGAUGAAGGGGGUCUGCCGAAGUGCAAGUGUCCUUACAGCUACACUGGAAGUUUCUGUGAAAUUGGAAAAUCAAGAAGUGCACCUGCAGGAACAGCUCUUGCUGUGUUCCUGGCAGUGAUUAUCAUCCUCAUCAUUGGAGCCCUGGCAGUGGGAGGGUUCCUGAAUUACAAACGCACUGGUUCACUUAUUCCCUCCCUGCCUAAACUGCCCAGUUUGAGUAGCUUGGUGAAAUCCAGUGAAAAUGGUAAUGGAGUGACAUUCAGAUCUGGAGAUGAUGUUACUAUGGAUCUGGGACCACCAGGAGUUAGUGGCAUUUCUGUUAUAGACAGAGCAAUGCAGAUGAAUGAAGACUUUGCUGUGGAAGCAGGGAAACAGCCAGUCACAUUUGAGAACCCCAUGUACACAACCACAGGAAAUGCAGCCAGUGACCCAGCUGUCAUUUACGCUACACAGGUUACAGUAAAUGUGAAUCCUGAGCAGAAUGAAAACUAUGAGAACCCCACCUAUUCUUCAAAGCAACCUGCAGUGGAAGUGGAAAAAACUCCAGCAAGUACAGAAACACAGGAGUCCAAGUGGAGUUUCUUUAAAAGAAAGCUGAAACCUGGCACAACUUUUGAAAAUCCACUGUAUGCCGAGAUGCAGAGUGAUCAGAACGUGGGAGGUCCUGAGGAAGAAGCCUCUGCUCCUGAACCCUCUCCGUUUUCAACACCAGCAAAGCUGCAAAAGAAAGAGCGGCUGUCAGCAUUCACUCCAGCAGAGGACACUUUCAGAGACACAGCAAACCUAGUCAAAGAGGACAGUGACGUGUAGCCAGGUCUCACACUUGGGAAUCAAAGACAGACUUUCCUUUGCACAUAUAUUUUUAUAUGCAGGCUGGGCAAAACUAGAAUAAUACUGUCAAAAAAAAAACCCUUAGUUGAAAAACCUUAUAGAAUACAGAUUGGAAGGUCUGUAUGAACUAUGCCUUGUUAUAUUUCUUAUGCCAAUUCUCAUAUUUUUUAUGAAGAUUUUUUUUUUUUAUUAUUGUGAUGUACUAAAUGUCUAUCUUUGCACUGAACCUGCUAAAAGUAAUAUUAUAAAUAUGUUGUACAUUUGUAAAUUUGUUAAAGAUUAUCUGUCAAUGAUGUUGCUACUGGAAAUAGACUCUUUUUGCUAUAGUGUAAAGUUACAAAUAUGAAGAAUAAACUGCAGAAUCAAAUUGGAUGGGAGGUAUUGGAAUGGAUAGGUGUGUUUUGGGAGCACACUGCUCUAUAAGAUGCAGCAGUCUUACUGAAGUUUUAUGCAUUUCUUCGUACAUUUUUAUAUACCUCAUUUUCAGCUUGAGAAACAGAAAACCAUAAAAACUGGGAUUUAAUUGUUUUGUUUUUUUCUCUUACAGUAGCUAUUUGGAAAUUGUAUCCCAGAUUACUUCACAUUAAAGUAGACAGACCAGUAGGAUGAAAUUCCUGUCAAUUUAGUGUCACGCCAAACAAACAUGUUUCAGAAAUGACUAUCAUGUAUUCUUUGAAUAUCUGUGGAACAUUAUACUCAUCCAUAGCCAAUCUUCACAAACAAUUUAUAUUUGCAUAUGAAUCGAAUUUAUUUUUCAGUAACAGAAAUUUAGGUCCACAUGUUCAGUGGUAACCUGAUAGUAAACACUGAAAAACAAAAAAAUGAAUCUUAGUGAUUUUUCAUGGAUAUUUGCUGAAAUCUUUGAUUCACGUUUCGGUUUUUAAAUGAUCAUUGUUAGAUUAGAAUGUAUUAUUGUUUUGAAAGAGUGGUCCAGUGAAGUCAACCUGUUCUUUUUUUGAAAGGUAGAACAAGUAGUAACAAACACAGCCACAUUUCUAAAUUGUCUCUGCUGGAUCCUUGAACAAGUCCAUUAUUUUAUACCCUUUUUUUCUGGUUUUAAUUUCCUUUUUUUAUUUGGAUAUGAAAGGUGUCUGGCUGAAGACUGAAGCACCAAGCUCUUUUCAGUUACCUUUGCCAAUAACUUGUUGCGACCCUAAAUGUUAAGGCCACCUACCAACAUUUUAAAACACACAGGCACAGUUAUAUUCUGUUGUAAAGAUAUUUUUUUGUACUUUAAUUAAUUAAAAAACUUUAUGCCAACAAAUAUGUAGAACACUCUUGUGAUAAUUAUUUUCUCUUAAGUAGAAAAUAAGAACUGGAACAAAUUGAUGCUGCUGAAAAAAAUAAUCUAAUAAAUCUGUUAUUUUAUCAUAGUUCCUUUUGUGUGUGCUAUUUUUAUAACGUUUAAACAAGUCAGGCAAAUUGCAUUUAAAUACAGUAUAAUAUUACACAAUGUGUUCUUUUAGACAUUGUUUACAACAAUAAAGGGUAUGUAACAAUACA